GGACGUGAAAGAAACCUCCUCGGAAGACCAUCGUUAAGCAGUCGCUGCCUCUGCGGCCGGCCGGGCACGAACAGAUCAGCCAAGCAAGCGCGCACGCAGUCGGUUCAUCCUUCUUGAACUGGUGCCCCCCCUUCCUCCGGAGCCUUAAAGGGGCCGCCCGGUCCUCACUACCAAGCCAGCCAUGAACCAGGUCCAGCGUUGGAACGGGAGCUGCGUUAACAACUGCAGCCGGGCGGACAUGGUCCCGGAAAUCGCCGCCGCCGUAGGCUUCGUGUCCAGCUUGCUCCGCACCCGCGGCUGCGUUAGUGAACAGCAGAUUCAGGUUUUCAGCGGGGCUCUCGAAGAGGCGCUUACAGAGCAUUACAAACAUCACUGGUUCCCCGAGAAACCCUUCAAAGGGUCUGGCUACCGUUGUAUCCGUAUCAACCAUAAAAUGGAUCCUAUCAUCAGCAAGGCAGCUAGCCAGAUUGGACUCAGCCUCCAGCAGCUGUAUCAGCUUCUGCCCAGUGAACUCACACUCUGGGUGGACCCUUAUGAGGUAUCCUACCGGAUUGGUGAGGAUGGAUCCAUCUGUGUCCUAUAUGAAGCAUCUGCAGCACCUGUGAGCUCCUACGGGAUGCUCACCUGCAAAAACCAGAUGAUGCUGGGGCGCACCAGCCCUUCUAAAAGCUACAUGAUGACAGUCUCCAGCUAAGCACUCCCAGUUGUCCUUACACUGCCAAGACAUGGGCUACUGUAUACCUCACCCGAGGAUGUAUUUUUUAAAAAAUGAAGAGCUAUUUAUAUUUUUUUAAAAAAGAGAAAAUCCAAAAUGAAAUCCAAUAGCAGGCACCACUCUUCUGUGGAGUGGUGUUGAGGUGCCUUUUUAAAGCUGUUGCAAGCUUGCAAGUGUAUUAAAAAAUGCCAAUAUCUACCUAAUUAGUGUUGGAUGACAAUUCUGGAGGGUUGACCUACCUGUCUGGGAAAUGCAGGGUUGGAAAUAAAAGUACAGGGGGUGGGGCAAGGCACAGCACUUUUAAGCAGUGACUAACUAUGGGGCAAGUGCUACAGCAACUGUGAACCUACAGGCCAGAAUGCCAGGGUGGUAGUACUUAAGCAAUGAACAUGUUGAUUGGGAUGUCAUGACCUCAUUCUAGCCUUAGCACUUUUCUUUUCUCAAAGGUUAUCUCCAUUUUAUUAACACUGGUAAGUUGCUUCAUCACCAGCUUCACCUGGUAUCCUAAUCUGAGCAACUUUUCCCUUUCCAUAGCAUAAGCAUUUUGCUACAAACACCUAGUCACAAUUAUAGCCACUUUCUUUGGCCCACUGGGUGGUGGGUUGCUAAGUGUCAGCCCAUCGUUUUGCACAAAAACCUGAUUUUUCUGCACGAUUUUGCGCUCAUCCUGUAUUUCAAGCUCAUGCAAAAUUCCAGUUGGCACCUGAACCUGUGGUCUGUGGAAUCAUAAGGAACUUUGCUUGUUAAAGAGAUCCAGGAUCUGGGCUACAUAACUGGCUGGUUACUCUAGCAUUCAAUUCCCAUAAGCAAAAGUGCAAUGGCCAGGUCAAUGUGAACUAAAUCUACCUGCUGGGAAAAUGCCUUCACCAGGGUUUUGUCUAUUCCGCUGCCUUUACCUUGAGCUUGUAAAAUUCCUGACAAUGCUGCCAAUAACUGCUGAGAAGUGAUUACAAAACCAGGGCACUUAAAAGUGUUUUUUUUAAAAAACCUAUCUUCUUGGAUCUGCUUCAGAGCACGUGGUCUGCUUGGCUUUUCUCUGGUUUUGGAGAGUCAACUCCUUUGCAUCCCCAGGCCUGUUCCUCCUCUGCCUUUUGUGAAUUGAGUUCUCAGACACUGUGCAAUAUGUUUCCUAAAAUUUGGGCACUCUGGAGGAGGAGCAGUUUCUGUGGGACAGUGUCCUGUUCUCAAAGCAACAACUUUUUAACACUGCUCAGAUGACUCCUAAAAUGUGCUUGAGUGCAUGAAUGUCUGAAUUGGGAAGUCUCAGCCCUGUGAUGGCAUAACAUUCAAGGAUGGCCUUUUGUACAUUUUAAGAACAUUUUUUUUUAAAAAAAAAGACAUAAUCUGCCAAGAAGUUCUCCUGAGCAAUCCCUAUUGAGAUGAAUGGGAAUCUUAGCAAGACAGUUAACUAUACUCUUGCAAAACUUUGGAUUUAUUUCAAUGGAGCUUGCCCAGGCAAACUUAAUUGUACCCCAAAUUCCUAACUUGAAACAUUGCAGCUGCAUCAGUCCAUCUGUGAAUCAUUUCGUUUCUUCCAGCUCAAUAUGUGAAGCUCUUGUUUUAAGGAUCAGACCCUCCAGUCAGUAAAUACGAAAGUUGUAAAGCACUAAGGGUCCCCUAUAAGCUAAAAAAACGGAAAAGUGUCGCCACUCCGUUAGCAUAAUUGUGCAAUAUUUGGCGGCACAAUGAGGGGAAUAUUUUCUGCACUGUAGUUCCCCCCACCCUCCAAGGAAAGUUUCUGUUCCGUAUGACUGGGAGCCUGGUUCCUUAUCUGGUGCAUUGAAAACAUGAUAUGAGUGGGAACUCUAACAUAUCCAGGAAAAAAAAUGUUUGUUUUGCUACACUCUCUGCCUCUACUUGGAAUUUCCCAAAUGCCAGUAACUCGUUUGGCUUGCCAGGCUGGCAUGAUUAAUGCAACUCUGUUUAAAGGUAUCUUGAUUGUUCAUCUUGUUCCUUCCUUACUAACGAAGGGUGCUUCUAAAAACCAAAUUCUUAUUCCAUCUUCUUUGUUUUUUCCUUCCCAACAUCCUUGAAGGGUUGAUGGGGAAGCAGAAAAGGUUACCAAAUAUCAUGCUGUUGUACCGGGCAUGGAAUCUAGUAUUAAGAUUAUUUUUUGUUAGCAUUAAGACAACCAAAUUUGGACAGAAUCCAUUUUGUAACUUUGUGCAUGUAAAAGCUGUGAAUUGAUGUACGCUCUUUGUUGCCUUCGAAUUACAAGCCUGACACAACCAGUGCUGAAGAACUGUGUCUUAGGAACAGCCUAUGGGUGCAAGUGUGUGUCUGUUUUUCUCCCCCCCCCCCCACACCCUCUUUUUCAAAAACGUUUGCAAAACUUGAGCUGGACUGUUGAGCGGGACCUAGUUUCAUAAUUGCUGAAAAUAAUACAAAGUUUGUAAGCUAUUUUGUGUUGGGGGAGGGGGAAUGAUUGUUGUACAAUAGUGUUUUUAUAUGCAAAAUGUACAGAUAUAUUGAGAAAUGUACACUUUUGUUACUUUAAUAAAAAUAUAGCAAUUUCAAUAUGUUGCUGGAAAGA